CUUCAGUCAACUCUGUUCCUGGAUCCGUUUCUCCACAGUUUCAGACCAAACCCACAUCAAAAGUUUCAACCUUUAAGCUCAAGAAACAGAGCCAAAUCUUGAAUCUAGUUAUGGUAGUAGAAGACCAAAACCCUGAAAACACCGGAUCCAUCCACGUGGACAAAGGAGAGAGUCGUUUCCUAAAUGUAAUGUAUGGUCCAGUCCGAUGGAUAAAGAUGCUGUCUCAAGAGCUUCACUGGAGCUUUGUAUUCGGUGUGGUCUCACUCUACGGAAUAAACCAAGGCCUUGGUGGCUCAAUGGGCCGUGUAGCAACAGAGUAUUACAUGAAAGACGUCCAAAAAGUUCAGCCCUCUGAAUCUCAAGCUCUCACAGCAAUCACCAAGAUCCCAUGGAUCAUCAAACCUCUUUGGGGCAUUCUCACCGAUGUUCUUCCCAUCUUCGGCUUCCAUAGACGCCCUUACUUCAUUUUAGCAGGUGUCCUUGGAGUGGUCUCUAUGCUUUUCAUCUCGCUUCAUAGUAAUCUGCACCUUUACUUUGCACUUAUGUGGAUGACAUUGUCAAGUGCUGCUAUGGCUAUAGCUGAUGUGACUAUUGAUGCUUGUACUGCUUACAAUAGUAUCAAACAAAGUGCUCUUGCUUCGGAUAUGCAGAGCUUGUGUAGCUUGAGUUCUUCUAUUGGUGCACUUGUUGGUUACUUCCUGAGUGGUAUUUUGGUUCAUCUCGUUGGCUCCAAGGGGGUGUUUGGCUUGCUGACAUUACCGUUUGCUUUAGUAUCAGUGGUGGGGAUUGUGUUUAGUGAGUCACAUGUUCCUGGUUUCUCUUACAAACAGGUAAACCAGAGAUUUAUAGACGCAGGGAGAGCAAUGUGGAGGACACUGAAGUGCUCAGAUGUAUGGAGACCUUGUCUGUACAUGUACAUUUCACUUGCUCUUAGUUUGAACAUUCAUGAAGGUCUCUUCUAUUGGUUCACAGAUUCUAAGGAUGGCCCUUUGUUUGCUCAGGAAGCAGUUGGUUUCAUUCUCUCAAUUGGUUCAGUUGGGUCUAUUCUAGGAGCAACAUUGUAUCAGUUAGUCCUAAAGGACCAUCCCUUCCGUGGUCUUUGUCUAUGGACACAACUUCUCUUUGCCUUAUCAGGAAUGCUUGACCUCAUUCUUGUCCUGCGUCUCAACUUGAGACUUGGCUUACCAGACUAUCUAUUUAUAGUAGUGGAUGAGGUGGUUUCUCAGAUGAUAGGACGUUUAAAAUGGAUGCCUCUUCUUGUCCUCACUUCAAAGCUUUGUCCUCAUGGAAUUGAAGGGACGUUCUUUGCGUUGCUUAUGUCUAUUGACAAUGCAGGCGUCAUGACUUCUUCUUGGCUUGGAGGAGUGUUGUUGCAUGUUCUCAAGGUGACUAGGACUGAGUUUGGUAAUCUUUGGCUUGCGGUUUUGGUUAGGAAUGUGAUGAGGCUUUUGCCGCUCUUUGUGUUGUUUCUUGUGCCUAAGGGAGAUCAGAACACGUUUAAGCUCCCAAGUGAGAUCAUGGGGGAAGAUCCUGAAGAGGGAGAUGAGAAAGAAGAGAUGAGAAAUUUGGAGAUGGCGUCUCUUGUUCAUUAUGAUGAUAGAAGAUAGCUACUACAGUGUUCUCUUUUUGUAGACAAACUUUGAAGCAAAUGCUUCAGGUUUUUACAGCAUUUUCUUUGAACUUUAAUUGCAUUGUUACAAAGUGCAAAAUUUUCUCAGUAUACAUAACAUGUGUUAUCAUUUUUUUUGAGUCAAUAUGCAUAAUCCUA